AUGGCCGAGCCGCUGCUCAGGAAAACCUUCUCCCGCCUGCGGGGCCGGGAAAAACUGCCCCGGAAAAAGUCGGACGCAAAGGAGAGCGGCCGCCCAGCCCGCCGCGCAGAGCCCAGCCCCCCAGAGCCAGAGCCCCAGACUCUCGAAGGGUACCCAGCGGGCGCCGAGGGGCCCCCCAGCCCUGAGAUCUCGCGAAGUCCCGCGCGGGGAGCCUACUUGCAGAGUCUGGAGCCCAGCAGCCGCCGCUGGGUGCUGAGUGGGGCCAAGCCCCCAGAGGAGACCGCGCUGGGGCUCAGGGCGCCCAGCAGCCGAGAGCCGGCCGGCGAGAUCUGGUACAACCCCAUCCCGGAGGAAGAUCCCCGGACGUCAGUGUCUGCGGGUCCGCCGUCAGGCGCCGGGGAGCUAGACGGUGAGCACCUACCGCCGCCCCCGGCCAAGGCCUCGCGUACCAAAUCCCCGGGACCAGCGCGGCGACUGUCAUUGAAGAUGAAGAAGCUGCCAGAGCUACGCCGCCGUCUGAGCCUGCGGGGGCCCCGGGGCGGCCGUGAGCGCGACAAAGCCGCCCCCGCUGGCUCGGUCAUCAGCCGCUACCACUUAGACAGCAGCGUGGGGGCCCCCGGGCGCGCAGCAGGGUCCGUGGGCGCGCGGGGGCACCGGACCGGCUACCUGAGCGACGGCGAUUCUCCGGAACGCACAGCUGGGCCCCCGUCGCCCACCGCCUUCCGGCCCUACGAGGCAGGCCCCACUGCCCGUGCGCCCCCGCCUGCACUCUGGGGCCGCCUGAGCCUGCACCUGUACGGGCUCGGGGGCCUGCGGUCGGCAUCCGGAGCGCCCCCGCGGGACCUCUGCUGCUUGCUGCAGGUGGACGGAGUGGCUCGGGCACGCACUGGGCCGCUGCGCGGCGGCCCAGACUUCCUGCGGCUGGACCACACCUUCCACCUGGAGCUGGAAGCCGCCCGGCUGCUGCGGGCCCUGGUGCUGGCCUGGGACCCUGGCGUGCGGCGUCACCGACCCUGCGCCCAGGGGACCGUGCUGCUGCCCAUGGUGUUCCGAGGGUGCCAGGCCCAGCAGCUAGCUGUGCGCCUGGAGCCCCAGGGGCUGCUGUAUGCAAAGCUGACCCUGUCAGAGCAGCAGGAAGCCCCAGGCACAGCUGAGCCCCGCGUCUUCGGACUGCCCCUGCCCUUGCUGGUGGAGCGGGAGCAGCCCCCUGGUCAAGUGCCUCUCAUUAUCCAGAAGUGUGUGGGGCAGAUCGAGCGCCGAGGGCUGCGGGUUGUGGGGCUGUACCGUCUGUGUGGUUCGGCAGCAGUGAAAAAAGAGCUCCGGGAGGCCUUUGAACAGGACAGUGCAGCUGUCUGCCUCUCCGAGGACCUGUACCCUGAUAUCAAUGCCAUCACUGGUAUCCUCAAGGAUUACCUUCGGGAGCUGCCCACCCCGCUCAUCACCCAGCCUCUUUAUCGGGUGGUGCUGGAGGCCAUGGCCAAAGGACCCCCAGGCCGGGCUCCCCCUAGCCCUGAGGGCACCAGAGGACUCCUCAGCUGCCUGCCAGAUGUGGAGAGGGCCACACUGACGCUUCUCCUGGACCACCUGCGCCUGGUCUCCUCCUUUCAUGUCCACAACCGCAUGACCCCACAGAACCUGGCCGUGUGCUUCGGACCUGUGUUGCUGCCGGCGCGCCAGACGCCCGCUCGGCUGCGUCCCCGAGGCUCUGGCCCGGGCCUUGCUAGCGCAGUGGAUUUCAAGCGCCACAUUGAGGUGCUGCACUACCUGCUGCAGUCCUGGCCAGAUCCACAGAGGCCCUCGGAGGCUCCAGACCUUGCUCCGUACCUGCGGCCCAAGCGACAGCCACCACUGCAUUUACCGCUGGCGAGCCCUGAGGUGGUCACCAGGCCUCGAGAUCGGGGCGGCCCAGAGAGCCCCCCUAGCAAUCGCUAUGCUGGAGACUGGAGCGUCUGCGGACGAGACUUCCUACCGUGUGGGAGAGACUUCCUGUCUGGGCCGGACUACGACCAUGUGACAGGCAGCGACAGCGAGGAUGAAGAUGAGGAGGAGGAGGCAGGUGGGCAGCAGGGCAACACUGACUUCGACGAUGACUUCGAGGCGCCCUUCAACCCGCACCUGAAUCUCAAAGACUUCGACGCCCUCAUCUUGGACCUGGAGAGAGAGCUCUCCAAGCAAAUCAAUGUGUGCCUCUGA